CUCCUCUUUCUCACAGUGCGAUCGGAAGUCACCGUCUCUGCUUCCUUCACUCUUUACUCUUUCCUCCUCCCUCUCCACUCCAUUUAUUUAUUUAUUUAUCUUUCAGCAGGAAAAAAAAAGGUGGUUAUGUCUGGUCGGAGCCUCAGCGAGAUAUCGGAGGACGAAAGGGCGUCGUUCGCCGUCGAUCUGGUGGCGGCCGCCAGAAGAUUCCUCGGCUUCCUCCGCCUCGUGGCGGCCUCCCAUUGGCUGCACCGGAAACCCGCCCUCCUCGACGCCGUCAGAAGAUACGACCAGCUCUGGAUGCCGUUGAUUUCUGAUCUGACGACGGAGCAGCGGCCGCCGAUGAUCCUCCCCCCCCUCGACGUCGAAUGGGUUUGGUUCUGCCACACUCUCAAUCCAAUCAAAUACAAAAAUUACUGCGAGUCGAGAUUCUCGAAGCCGAUCGGGAAGGCAGCCAUAUUCGACGAGGAGAACGAGGAUUACGCGGUGGAGAGAUGCAGGGAGAUCUGGGAAAGUAGGUUUCCGACAGAGCCAUUCGAGAACAAAGCCGAUGUGGAUGAGAAUGUCUGUUCAUCGUCCUCGUCGUCGUCCUCGUCGUCUCCGAGUACUAACAUCGAAGGUAGUAAUGACUGUCUGUUGCAGCAAGUUUUGGUCCAUAGAGAUCUCUGCAAGGGGUUUAGGGAGCCGUACUAUUCAGAGAUGGUGUAUUUGGUGGCAGCCAAGCAGAGGUACAAAGCUUUCAUUUACAUGGUCCAUCGAUUUGGGGACGAAUCUUCUUCCCUGGUUCCCACUUCCGACAUUCUUCUCAUGUGGAUUACUCAUAAGAGCUAUCCAACCAUGUACGCGAUGGAUUGUAAGAACUUGGACAACAAUAUGGAGAAAAUAAUUGUUUUGCGGGAUACCGUUAAGGAAGAGGACGUCGAAGAGACAAAAAUGUUGUGGGACCGAACUUUUGAUCAACCGUAUGAGAAAGCUGGCGGAGCGGCCGUAAUUGCGCAGCCUACCGUCAACGAGCCUCCAUUUUAUUGGGACACGACGGAUAUCGACGUCAACACAAAGUACAAGUCGUUGAUGCCCCGGUUCUUAUUUGAGGUAUGUUUGUCGAUAAAAGUAACAUCGAAUAUUCGGCCGGGGAAAAGAGACCCAUCGAGAGAAUUUCUUCGCCUCCGCACUAUGAAGUGUCAUCGUGAGCUGAAACUCGAUCUCCCGUUGUCAUGCUUCACGUCGAAGUCGUGGCAAAAGGCAUGGCAUCUUUAUUGCGAGUUCGGGACUAAAGGGUUGAUCGUCGAGCUUCGUUACCGCGGGGGUCGUUUCUCUAAAGGCAGCUCGUUGCUCGAGAGUGUGUCGUUUUCUUGGAACGAUGUAUUACGAGCGCAAACGCUCACGUUAGGCAAGGAGAUUGACGGACGAUUACGGAUCAUGGUUUCGAUAACUCCGCCGGUUCAAGGACCCUACUUGUUGAAAUGUGUGUCGGACCGAGCGACGGACGACUCGGGAGCAAUGAUAUCGGAUGUGAUUUUGAAAAUGAAUCACUACCGGCCUCAAGAAGGACGGUGGUUAUCCCGUACCGUUUUGGAUCAUGCCGGGAGAGAAUGUUUCGUUGUUCGGAUGAGAGUUGGAGAAGGCUUUUGGAGACGAGGUGGCGAAGUUCCUAGAGCCGUUAAUUCGAAGGAUCGGGUUAUAGAGAUAAGGGAAGGUUCUUGGUCCUACGUUGUUGGUUCGACUUCAAUCGGGAGAUCAUCUGGGAAUGUGGUUGGAACCGCGACGCCAAAGGAGGCACGGGAAGGUUUCCAAGCGUCGUGGAACUUAUCGACGGGGCACGAAUUGCUAAUACAACGAGACACAUCGAAACCAUUUCCGGCGUUGAGAUUCGACGUCGUAAACGAAUCAACGGAACCUUCGCUGAAACUACUGCAAGGGAGACAAUUACAAUACGGUCUCGACGAGAAAGAAUCAAACAAUGACGACGACGAAUUCGCGACGCUGGUCAGAGUUUCGGACGAAAACCCGAUGGGGAAAGCCACUGGUGUUUUGAACUGGAAGCUACUCGUGGUCGAGAUACAGCCGGAAGAGGAUGCGGUGACGGCGCUUCUUCUGUGCCACUCGAUCCUCCGCAGCGUAUCGGAGAUGAAGAGGGAGGACGUCGGGGGGCUCCUGGUGCGGCGGCGAGUGAAGGAAGCCAAGAUCGGGGACCGGGACUGGGGGUCCGUUAUCGUCCAUCCCUCGUCGUCGUCGUUUGUUUCUUCUUCGCCGUACGUCGGCCGGCCGUGGUAUCGGGACGCGAAUCGGGUGAUGGCCUUGCAGGAGAAGGAUGGUAGUAUGGGUCAUCCUCAGAAUUCUUGGAAUUAUUCUCAGACAGAAGGCGGGGAGAAGCUGUACAAAACUUUGAUUUCGAAUUAGAAUCGACCCAUGUUGAUUGUUGAUGUUAAUUGGUUUGGUUUGAUUGGGGUGUGAUUGUGAAUGCGAUCAUUUUGGGGGACUUGAAUUGAAUUGAGAUUUUUUGUUUGUAUUGCAAUUGCAAUUAUCUUCAUU